AUGCUCCAGCACAUUGAACAAAACCUUGGGCUCCGGAUCAGCAAUGGAAGCAAGAUUUCAAGGACCUUGCGAACUGACCUUUCUUCUGCUGUCAAAGAUUGGUUGCACGACAAGCGCAAGCCGCAAGCGAGGAACGCUACUGCUACUUCUACUUGCAAAAGAGAGAUGCAACGAAUGCAAAAGGCACAACGGUCGGCAUGGAAGGACAGUACUAAAAUGGAAUACACGCACGACGGCUCGUUCCUCUGUACGCUCGCACCCACAUUUACACAGAACACCCAUACAAGACAAAGAAAAUGA